ACCCCACUAUCUACAUGGAGAUAUCUCGAGCGUUACUUGGAUGUGCUGAGAAAAGGUCUUGCAAGUCUGGGAAAGUGUGCUAAUUUUAAAAUUGAGCAGUCAGGAUGUUUUCCGAUGGCCGAAUGUCUAGAAAGUGACGAGACUGAAAGUGUGGCAGACCCAAACCUAGGCUUUGUAAAGGCGCCGCGACCUACUCGAGAGACCAGCUGCAAUUUUCAGAGCAGAUUUAUGAUUGAGGACGAUAACAAUAUACUAGGCGUGGAAAAAAACGUACAUCCGCUUUCUUGUUUCUUUAAAAACCAAUCAAGCCGUCCACGAGUAACGCAGGUUGAGGACAAUAACGAUGUACUAGGCGUGGAUCAAAACUUACAUCCGCCUCGUUGCUCAAAGUACUUCGAGCAGCAAAACCCAAGCCUUCCACAAGCAACGCUGGACAUCAUACAUAGUUCCAAAACUGAUCCUGACAAUGCGAGUUUAUAUGAGAGCCAUAAACGGGAUACUUCUGUCCAAUCUAGCGCCAUCGGCAUGGCAAGCCCAGGACCCUGCAAUCCACCUCCUGCUCUUGGACUGAUGCCGCAGGUCGCCAACCUGGCCACCAUGGCAAUCACCCAGAUAACGGGCUGCACGUACAUCAGUUGCAAUCGGAAAUUUGCAAUUCUGUGUGUUGCAGAGAUGGACGCCCAUGCCGGCUACAGCCACUGCAACCACGGACAGUUCAUGUCUACAUGGCCGCAUUGCACGAGACACAUCUCUAAGCCACUCCACAACCUUGCCCGGGUGCGCCAUCCUGUCAAAUUUGACUGCCUAUCCAUCUGA